AUAAUCCUUUAAAAACCAAAUAAAUUGCAUCUUCAUACGUUCGGAAAUUUCUUCAUUUCUUUUUCAAGAAUUUUACAGUUUUUCUUCGUUUAACGCUAAAUCAGAUCAGGGUACAUGAGUAUCAGAUGGCCGCGGGUAUUAACACCGACAUACCUUUCUCAAAUCAUUCAGAACCAAAAGAACCCAUUAAAAGCUCUCCGUAUCUUUAAUGAAGCAAGAAACAGAUAUCCAGAUUACCGUCACAAUGGCCCCGUAUAUGCCACCAUGAUCAACAUCCUUGGCACGUCAAACCGGAUCGCUGAUAUGAAACAAGUAAUUGAUCAGAUGAAAGAGGAUUCAUGCGAGUGCCAAGAUUCAGUCUUUUCAACUUCAAUUAGAGCGUAUGCAAAAGCGGGAAUGCUGAAUGAAGCCAUAUCACUGUUUAAGAAUCUGGAUCAGUUCAACUGUGUGAAUUGGACAGAAUCUUUUAAUACCAUACUUAAGAUAAUGGUGAAAGAAUCUAAACUUGAAUCCACUCAUCAUCUUUUUCUCGAGAAUUUCGGAAAAUGGGAAGUGAAAUCUCGAACCCGUUCACUAACCUGGCUGAUUGAUGUUCUUUGUGAAAAGAAACGCUCUGAUCUUGCGCUACAAGUUUUCCAAGAAAUGAAUUCUCAAUACAGUUAUCCGACCCGUGAAACCUAUCAGGUAUUAAUGAAAGGGUUAUGUGAAGAUGGAAGAAUUAACGAAGCGAUUCAUUUAUUAUAUUCAAUGUUCUGGAAAAUUUCAAGAAGAGGUAGUGGUGAAGAUGUGUUGGUGUAUAAAAUCCUGUUGGAUACUUUAUGUGCAUACGGGCAUGUUGACGAAGCAUCCGAUAUUCUAAAUAAGGUUUUGAGAAAAGGUUUAAAAGCACCUAAGAAGAAACGUACGCAGCUCGAUUUUAACAUGUGUCGAAACGGUAGAGACAUAGAAAGUGCUAAAAGUUUAGUUAAUAACGCGCUUAUUAAAGGUGUGAUUCCCAGUUACGAAAGCUAUAACGCGAUGGCGGUUCAACUUUACGCAGACGGUGAUAUUAACAGUGCAGAGAGAGUGGUUCAAGAAAUGCAUGACCAAGGGUUUAAACCACAGGUGGUGAUUUACGAAGCUAAAGUGACGGCUUUAUGCAAACAGAGUAUGAUUAACGAGGCGGAAAAGGUGAUCACAGAAGAUAUGGUGGAGGGAAACUGUGUUCCAACCGUUAAAUUGUAUAAUAUAUUGAUUAAAGGUCUUUGUUCUGACGGGAAAUCCACACGGGCUCUCGGGUUUUUGAACAAGAUGUGUAGGCAGUCGGGUUGUGUUCCUAAUAAGGAGACGUAUGCUGUAUUGGUGGAUGGUCUUUGUGAUGAUGGGAGUUUUAGUGAAGCAAGUCAGCUUUUGGAGAAAAUGCUGGUCAACUCUUAUUGGCCGGAUACUGAUACUUUUAGUAGAGUUAUUACGGGUCUUUGCUUGAUGGGUAGACCGUAUGAAGCGGUUGUAUGGUUGGAAGAGAUGGUUAGCCAAGAAAAGAUACCCGAACAUUCUGCAUGGGCUUCACUGGUUGGUUCGGUUAUUUAUGACACCGUUGGUAUUGACGUCUUGUCGGAAAUAUUGUAUUCAUAAGAGAAUUGUGUUUAUAAAAGAUAAUCUUGCUUAGUUUGCUCUUUGAAAGAGGAUUUGUGGUUUUAAUCUUGUGACCGAUUAUUCCCUUU